GCUGGGCUCUCCUCAUUCUGUUUGGGAACAACAGAAAGCAGGAUUUGACCGCUUCACCCUGCACGGCUGAAGUUUUCACUCUCGUAGCCCUACCUUUCUCUUGGGACAAUUUAUGUUUUCCGCUGAAGCAAAUAUGAAGACUGUCCUAGGAAACCUGAAGCCAAGGGAGCUUGCCAGAGUCCUGCAGGGAGGGCCAGAGCCAUGCUGAGGAGAGAAAGAAAGAAAAAAAGUUUUUACAUUCUCCCUGGAGCAUACUAUGUUCUGGCAUUCAUUCCCAAAGCCACUGGGAAGCGUUUCUCCCAGCAGAGGUGACUUGGUGGUGAGAAGCCAGAGGUGAGAAGACACCUGGGGACACAUUAAUUCGUUUUCUGUGCUUUCUGUGUGAGAACAGUAUCAGAGGUCAGCAAGGCUUGGAGACACCCCAAAGAUGAACGCCAACAGCAGCUUGGUGGGCCAGCUCCUCUUCCAGGGGCCGGUGUGCGUCAGCUGGAAGCAGGCUCUGGAAGGGGCUGUCUACCACCUGGCCAACUGCUUCUUGCUCCUGGGCUUCAUGGCAGGCAGUGGGGUGUAUGGAUGCUUCUACCUUUUUGGCUUCCUGGGCACGGGCUACCUGUGCUGUGUGCUGUGGGGCUGGUUUGAUGCCUGUGGGCUGGACAUUGUCUUCUGGAGCUUCCUGCUGACAGUGGCUUGCCUGCUUCAGCUGGCACACCUGGUGUACCGCCUGCGUGUGAACACACUCCCUGAGGAGUUUGACCUCCUCUACAAGACACUGUGCCUGCCCCUGCAGGUGCCUCUGCAGACCUACAAGGAAAUCAUUUGCUGCUGCCAGGAGCGGGUCUUGACUCUGUCCGUGGAGCAGACCUAUGCUGUGGAGGGUGAGACACCUAUCGACCGCCUGUCCCUGCUGCUCUCUGGCCGGGUUCGGGUGAGCCAGGAUGGGCAGUUUCUGCACUAUAUCUUCCCAUACCAAUUCAUGGACUCUCCCGAGUGGGAAUCGCUGCAGCCCUCUGAGGAGGGGACCUUCCAGGUCACUCUGACUGCCGAAACCGAAUGUAGCUACAUUUCCUGGCCCCGCAAAAGUCUCCACCUUCUUCUGACCAGAGAGAGAUACAUCUCACGCCUCUUUUCAGCCUUGCUGGGCUAUGACAUCUCGGAGAAGCUCUACACCCUCAAUGACAAGCUCUUUGCCAAGUUUGGGCUACGCUUCGACAUCCGCCUCCCCAGCCUCUACCAUGUCCUGGGUCCCUCUGCUUCUGAUGGAGGGCCGGAGUCUGACAAGGAUGACAAGGAAGUCUGCCAGCCAGCUGCGUCCCCUGCUCAGAACAUGCCCACCUCUGUCCAGUCAACACCCCCUUGCUCUCCUGUUCCGGGUACCAGCAACCUUCCUGCCCCUCUGCCCCUGGCCAGGAUGUCCAGGCCAGACAGCGGCGCCCUGGGUGAGGACUCCACCAGUCUGGUGCUGGAGGAUUUUGAGGAGGUGUCAGGAUCAGAGUCAUUUAUGGAUUAUAGGAGUGAUGGGGAGUACAUGAGGUGAGGGCUGAACUAACACGGGCACAGUCAUCGGCUCAGGAUCCCAUGUAAGUACGCAGGAGGCAGCUUCUGCCCACUCUGGCCAGCAGCUCGCCUUAACUCAGCUUGUAGGGACAAAAACACUGCUGCAUGGAGCGUCCCCUCUCAAAGGACUCACAGCAUUAAUCCAGCUCAGUCCAGGUGCAUGCAUGACAUGAAGAGAUUUUCUAAACUCAGUCUUUAUUUAACAGGGUGCCUUUUGGAAAGUGGGCUGGUUGACAUUCAGAGUGGACUGGUUACUUGCUAAUUUUUUUUGCAAGGUAGGCCACUGCUGGACUGAGGGAUUUUUACCCGUGGCAUGUAUGGUAAAGGGAAAAGAGUGCUGUUGUGGUUCUACUUCCUAUUGACUGUCUUGGCAUACAGUCAAUUCUGGAAAGCAGCUAGCUGUUACUUAACCUGGAUGAGACAGAAAUUGCUGUGUUAAAAUGGCAUAUUUUAAAGCAGAUCAAGACAGGCUAAGAGUUCUGGGAAGAAAAUGUCCCCAUCUUGCUCUCCUCUUGCCCAGUAGAGGAUGUGUUGGUCACUUGGGCAGAGGACUGGAUGCUGCUCUGGUUGACGUUACUGGGGUGGGACAGGUAUAAGAGUGCCUUGGCUUUCCCCAGCACCCAGCAUGUGUGGGAGGUGGGCUGGGCCUGAAUCCAGAAGGGCCUAACAGUGGGGUCAGGGUUUCCCUCCCAGGCGUGCGUACGUAGGCCCCACUUGGUAUUUCUGAGAAAUUGCUUUCUUGUUUCCCCUGGCUGUUCUCACAAUGCUGUGACAUUUUCCUCCAGGACUCUACCCAAUCAUGAUGGAGGCCUGGCUUUUCCUGAGGAAAAUCCCACUGUCCUCAAUUUGAAAGGCAUUUUAAGUGAAGGAGGUGCAGAGAGACCCACUAUUCUUUGGGAAGCACCAACAAAUUUCCUGAGAAACCAACCCAGUGGUUAACGCCUCUGGGGGCACGAAGUAAAUGAGUGAAUGUCUGUGUACUUUCAAAACCAAGUCACAUAAAGGAUGAAAGGGGGAGAGAGAGAUAUGAAUGAUCAGAGUGUAGAUGUUUGAUUCUGGGGUCAUUCCAGGGCUCUAGCUAAGACUCAUUUGCUCUGUCCCCACUUACCACUCUUCCCCACCUUCUACUUGGUCAUUCUGUCCAUGCUUACCCACAUGUGCUAUGGGUCCCUCGCUCUGUCCAAUCUACCCACCUCACACUCUCAUCAAGUCAGAGCUCUCAGUGUCCUCCAGUGCUUCUUCCUGGCUUUCUUCUCUUUCCCUGGUUCUAUUUGCUUUUUCCCUUCUUCUCCCUUUCUGACUUCUGCCUGAUCCUGGGUGCCUCCACUUGCUGCUUUUUAGUGUCCCUCUCCCUCUCCACAUGUCCUGAAUUCUAUCUAAUUACUCACCUAUUUAGCUUACCUAUUGCUUUCUUUUCCUUCUGUCUACUUUCUGGCCUUGCUUUCUCUUCUUUCUCCCAAAACUCCCCCUUACUAAAUGUUUUUUGAAACAAGGAUUUGCUGUGUAGCCCAAACUGGCCUCAAACUUGCCAUCUUCCUGCCUCAGCUUCCUCACUGCUGGGAUUACAGGUGAGUACUACCAUGCCUGACCCUAUCUUAACUCUUAACAAGAGUUAAGAUUUACAUUUAAGUGAAGGUGUGAAAAUUCCCAACUUUAAGAAUUUGGGGGGCAGCACUGGAGUUCGAGCUCAGAGCCUCUUGAUUUCUAAGUCACUUGAGCCCUUUUUUGUCUUAGUUAUUUUUCAGAUAAGAUCUCAAGUUUUUGCCCAGGUCAGCCUUAAUUGGUGAUCCUCCUAGGAUUUCUGGUACGGUGCCACCACACCUGGUUUAUUUGUUGAGAUGUAGGAGGGUUCUCACUAACUUUUUACCCGGGGUUGACCUUGAACCACAAUCUUCCCAAUCUCUGCCUUUGGAGUAGCUGGAAUAAUAGGUGUGAGUCACCCCACUUGGUCUUUAAGGAUGUUUCCUAAACAACAGGAGGCAGACAGCAUGGUAAAUAAGAAAGAGACUGGGGCUGGGAACCCAAAGUCUUGGCUUUUGUGUCUGGCUCUGCUACUAAGUAAUUCUGUGACUUUGCAAAUCAUAAAACCUCACUGAACCUCACUUUCCUCAUUGAGUUGUUGGGCCGUCUGUCCCCAGGAGCCUUCUUGAAUUGAUGUGAGAAGGCAAAGGAUAAGAUUUUCCAAGAAGGCAAAGACCAGCAGUCAGUCAACCAUGCAAUGGACAGUAGCCCUGGGACACUUGCAUGUCUUUCAGAAAGAACUCUGCUAUGAUUCACUACCAUUUCUCUAGCUACUUGGGAUUGUUCUCCCUGUUGGUGGUGACUCCUGCUGGGCUAUGGCCUAGAAGUAUUCUAUUCUGUACCUGUGAAGAAUCUAUCACUGUUAUGAGACUACAGUGCAGACAGUCUAUGUCAAAGGUCACAUCUCAGUUUCCCGGUCUUCAUCCUUAAUGCAAUGGUAUGAUAUGCCUCUUUCCAAAUUCAGACUUGUCUGAAACUCAAUAAGAAAAUUGCUAAUAUUACUCUCUAAAGUACAGGCAUGUCAACAUAAGGACAGUAGGUGUUUUGUUUGUGACAGAGAAAAAAGUGAUAGAGAAAAAAGGAAAACUACAGUUUACUCUUAAACUGGAGUUUUCAGAACGACUUGAAAAUAUCAAAUUGGCCAAAUUUCAGAUAGUUUUCAAUUUAGCCUGUGAUAAUAGGAUAAUUUCACUUGAGAUCUUUUUCUGAAAUUGUAGUUUUGGAUGUUUUGCUUGACUUAUUUGCCAUCUAAGUUAUUGCUUUAAUAAAUAAUCAUACUCCCUUAUAGAUAUGAUUGGUGGGAAUUUACUAUUGUUUCCUUUAUAGGAUAGAGCAUAAUUCCCUAUCUAUCUCCUGGCACUGUAGUUACCAAAAUUUUAAGCUCAUUGUUAUUUGUCCCAGCACAGUACUUAUAUAAGAGGCAUUGUUAGGAAGAUUCAGCCUAUCACAUUGACACCACUGCUGGUCUUGCACACCAAUCUGAUUUAAGAACAACUAAAAAUAGCCAGAACUUCCUCUGGAGCUCUUGUCUGAAAAGAGUAUAUUAUUUAGUCCGGUGGUGCCCGAAAUUGAGUGAAAAUAGGUGCUGCUUCGCCUACCAGACAAAGCAGUGCUGGAAGAUAAGUACUCACGCAGGAUCUUCCUGCCUGAUUCACAGCACCCCUGACUUCCUUGGGGUUUUUCAGCUUUCAUUGUUCCAUUCUGUCUUACUAAUUAGAGAUGCUCAGUAAAGGAGGGACCUGUGUAGAAACGCACUUCAGAGGCAAUCUGUUGAAUUAGGUAAUGACUCUGUUACCACUGGCUAAUUUUGGCCACUUUGGAUUAUGUUUUCACAUUGUUCUGGAAAUUCUGUGGUUUGGAAAGUAAAAAGUCCAUAUGGUUUCCUCUCCUUCUCUCUUAUGCAAAUGACAGAUUACAACACAGAGGCAAACUGUGGUUCAGGGAAGGAGCCCAUAACUUAAUUUGGUGUAGUUCUUGUGGGCAGAAAUUGAAGUAAAGACUGAAAGUUUUAAGUAGAGAAAUUUCAGUUUAGGGUUCAUAGAUUGCUCAUGGGGUAGUGAGUUACUUAUUGGAAGAGUUCAAGCAGGAAACAAAAGCAAUCUUCUCAGGUUCUGGGAAAAAGAUGCCUGAGAUUAUUGUGCUUAAGGUAACUUCUGACAGCCAUACUGUGACUGUGACUCUAAGAUCCAGACUCUGGUCCUGUUGGGAGCUGCCACUGGGAGCAGGUUCCUCAUCUGUGGAACAGGCCAGAUAUACCUCUGUCUUCUUCCAGUUGCUGUGAGGAUAACUGAGACAAAGUGUACAAAGGAGCCAGUAAAGCACUAGUCAGAUGAGCAACACAGCUUAAAAUUCUAUCGUGUGUACAACUGUCCAGCCCCUGUCCCAUACCUGAUUAUCCUUCUGCUUUGCCCAGUCUGGCUUUCCAAGAAGGUGGUGACAGAAUCCUCUGACAACAGAAAGAGGUGGAGACCUACCAGAACAUAUCUAGUUCCUUAGCUUCUGGAUAGCCAGGCUAUGGUUUAAGUGUCUGGGAGGAGACAGAUGUCAGUCAUACUAUGUCAGGCUCUUUCUCUAGCAGGGACUGUUGAUGGUUGACAGUGGGAAUAAAUAGCACUUUCCUUACAGAACCACUAGAAAGACUUCUGGGACAGAAGUCUUGAUCUUGAAGGUAGCCUGGCACUACUAGUCUCCAGUAGUACCCUCUGCCUGCCAGAGGCUCCCUGUGUCAGUCAGGCAGUGGAGCAGCCCCUUCCUGUGUCCCCCCACAGCUCCCAGCUCAUUUUUCCACUUCUGCUUUACAGGCAUUGGGUACAAUUAAAUUUGGGAAUUGGCCAGGUGCCAUUGGCUCACUUCUGUAAUCCUAGCUACUCAGGAGGCAGAUAUCAGGAGGAUCGAGGUUCGAAGCCAGCCCAGGCAAAUAGUU